UUGUCUUCCCAAAUCUUCUUACCCAGCUUGCAGUCGUCUUGCAUGCAAGUGUGGCGUAACAGGGUUUGUCUUCUCGCUAACGCCGGAUCCGGUGACGCUUAAACCGGGCACCCGUCCUCUCCUGAUGCCAAGACUAUUUCUUCCGCUUCCACAAAAUUUGCUUUAGUGCUUUCCGCAACGAUUCUUUCGCAUAAAGUUAGGAGAUAGACCGCGCAAGGUCGCCUACCCUUCAGCUCUCCAGCGGAUUGAGUAUAUGCGGCAGUAGGACAGAUCCGGUGUCUGGGUGAGGAGGCGGAACCGCCGCACAGUAAUGCCGUGGUAAUUCAUGGUCAAACAGCAAGUAACUGACCAAGGUAUUCCCCGCUUUCGCUUUUAAUCGCAGACCUGCUCGUUCAUGAAUUUCUACAUAUAUGGGCACGUGAAAUUAUGAUAACUCUUUGCUAGCUACCAUGCGGUUGCUGGCAAGACAGCUAGGACUCGAAUACACGACCCGUUUUUUUCAAUCCCUCGUAAAAACUGCAAUCCAUUUCGCGCUGGGCAUUUGACAGUCCAGCUCUUCAUUAGAAAACUCUGUGUAUCAUGUUUCUUCUCCUCAUCUGAACGCGGUCAGCAAUCAUCACGAGCUGCUGUGCUCUUGUCGCCUUUUGCACCGGAGUUUUGAGUCGGGCCGAACCGCACUUCAUAUUGUCUGCGGUGAAACGCCGAGAUGCUUCUCAACAAUGAAGACUUCAAUCGAGGCGGAGCAGAACUCGGGAAGAGACGGUGACGAGGCAGGCCCACUCAUCCCACGGAAAUCCGGUUACAAGCUGGGUCCCUCAGUUGUUACAACUCAGGCAGGUAAAUGAUCUCUUUCGUUUGCGCAAGUAGAGGUGAACCGCCAGGACCCUUGCUCAGACGCUCUUCGAGGGAACGCCGGGAAUUUACCUCUGGUUCUUCCCUUCACGUGUAGGUAAACACAUUUGGCACAUUUUUGCUUGUUUCAGACGGAGAAAAUAUGAAUACGAAACGGGCACAAAGGGUGUUCUGCAAGCUCUGAUGUGUUCGUUCGUCCUUGUGUGUUUCCGUCGGCGGUGCAGUGCUGAACACAGUCAGCGGCAUUGAGGGUCUCGAUAUCCAGCUUAUGCCUGCGAGCUUCAAAGUUCUGCAGGCUGAUUUCUCAUGGGCACUGCAGGAUUUGGGCGCCCUCGUAUUUUACCAGAGCAUAUCUCAAGCACUCAGUGGGCUCGUAUGGGGAUACCUUGCGGACCGCUCUUCUCGUGUUCGCCUCCUGGCGACCGGCUGCUGUUCUUGGGGGCUCGUGAGUAUGUUUCUUGCCAUGGGAACCCAAUACUGGCAGUUCGUCGUAUUGAAAGUGCUUAACGGCAUUGCUAUGGCCAGCAUUGGCCCGGUGGCACAGUCGCUGAUAGCGGAUCUGUUUCCGUCAAAUAUGCGUGGCGAGCAGUUUGGUUGGCUUCAGUUUUUCCUCUGUGGAGGUUGCAUUGUCGGCGCUCUGAUUGGUGGGACCAUGGCAAGUUUGACUGUUGUUCCGGGAGUCCGGGGCUGGCGGGUCGCAUUUUUUGUCAGCGGCGUCUUGUCUGUGUGCGCCGGACUUCUCGUGCGAAUCAUAGCCGUCGAGCCACGCCGCCACGAAGAGUGCGGAGAUGGAGAUUCCAGACAAGGACUCAUCAGGGGAGAGCGCCAGUCGGGCCUCUUCCAGGACAUGUACCGACGCUGUCGGAACUUUUGUCGAGCCACUCUCUCGAGAACCUUUUUCAUUCUUUUACUGCAGGGUAUAUGCGGUUAUAUUCCGCUUCAUGCAUUUCAGUUUUAUACCAUGUGGUUUCAGUAUAUCGGCAUGCCCGACUGGCAGGCCAGCGUCCUGACUUCCUGUCCAUUGAUAGGGGGAAUGGUUGGCUCUCUCUUCGGUGGCUGGCUCGGCGAUCAAACCGACAAGUGGAGCCACUUCCACGGUCGCCCACUGGUUGGGCAGAUGGGCACUCUGAUUUCUAUCCCUCUGAUUUACGUUGGUCUUCUUGUUAUUCCUCGUCGGCCUGAGUUCUUCGGACUGUAUGCGCUCGACAUGCUCCUGCUUGGAUUUGCAAUAGCAUGGUGCCCCAGUGGCGUGAACCGACCGAUUUUGUCUGAAAUUGUGGAGUCGGACGCACGCGCUAGCGUUUUUGCGACACAGAUUGUUUUUGAAGGGAGCGUUGCUGCUUUGCUCGGCUCUCCUGUCAUUGCCUUCAUGGCUGAGUCACUGUUCGGCUAUCGCGGAGCAGGUGCAUCGUCUCUUUCGGAAGCUCUCAAACUGAAAAAUAUCGAGGCUCUUGCCAAUGCUUUGCUCGUUGCGACGGCCUUCCCGUGGACGGUUUGCUUCUUCCUCUAUGGGCUGCUCCACUUCACAUACCCGAAGGAUGUCUCUUCCUCGUGAACAGGACGACUGCUUCAGUUGAGCUGUUUCCGAACGCGGAGAAGAUGCAUAUCCGUCUAUGCCGUCAAGCCCGAAACAGACUCACUAAUGGAAGAAGGCACUCUGGCAGAUCGCAGAGUGUCCGCACGUUUUUAGUCAGGCUUUGGUGGCUUUCGGUUGUUUGUGUUGGUACGAAGUCUACGGCUAUUCGCUUCCGCUGGCGCCGUCGUAGAAGCGUCGCGCAACUCCCUCAUCGUCUGCUCAAUUUUGUUGGUUACCCAUCUACUGUACUGCUUCAAUGUACGCCUCUCCUCCUCGUGACUUGAGAGUCCACUCUGAAGUGAUCCUUUAAAGUUAACUUGGUGGGAGAGACAGUCAAAACGCAGUCAUCCAGGCAACGCUGUCAGUCCGCACUCUUCAGCCCUGUGGAGACUCCCGUAGCGGGGUCGCCACCGACAUGUGGGUUCGAAUCCCGCUUGGUCCUCAAAACGCGGCAACUUUGAGAACAUACAAACUUCACUUUGGUGCAGCGGCAAUUCAUCCCUAUGACUUGUUGGAAAGAUAAUAGAAAACUGCGAAAGAUGAAAUGCCUUCCUUCCUUUUGUCGACAAUUUGCAGGGAGCAAAGAACAUCAUGUACUACCUGAAGCACUAGUAGAGUUUCCGUGAGAAUGCGCAACUCAUAUAGCAACGGUGUUUAUGAGUAUGAUCGUAUCCUCGCCAAACUGGGUAGCGUUCUUUACGCCCUUAUAUGCCCGUUGAGACGUCUUCUACUGCAAGUGCCUGGAAGCUCUUGACUGUCCACAUUUUCAUCAUUGGUUUCAGUGGACAGUCUCUGAUUCAAGUCAUGGGUUAUCUCGAUCAUAGGUUCCCUAGUUUGGGCACAAGAUUAGCGUCGGGCCCCAUCGCUUGACUGCCUCACUUGGUGUGGGGGCGAUGCCCGGUACACACACCACAGUCGGAAAACUGCAUGUCUGCGUUCGAUGCUCAGCCAGAGUUUUUCGUUACUCAAUACCAGUUCCUGACAGUACACUGGGAUGACAUUCAGGUAGAAACGGCAACUACGGCACGCA